GGCCAAAGUUGGGUUCAGCCGUGUGUUAUCAAUGCCAUUUUCGAGCUGUUUGCGCUCCCUGUAACAAUGGGAUCGACAGUUCCAGGUGCUCACCCUUCCGGCUAGCAGUGCCCAAACCAGGCAAAUUGGAGCAAGUUCGUCCAGCCAGCCAGCGCCCUAGGGGCUGCCCCUCUCCACCUUCCUCGCACCCUCCUGCCUACCCCACACAGGCUCACCUGGUACAAGGCGUUCCACUUUGAGUACUUUGGAAAGGGCGAGGUGCUGGAGUACUACCCUCCCCCCGCCUGCUGCACCACCGGGGCGGGGCACUUCCCGCUGCCUGCCGUACUGCGAGUGCCGCAGUACACCGCAGACAUGCAGGACCUGUGCUCCCGGGUGCCCUGCUCGCGGCGCAAUGUGAUGGUGCGGGACGGGUUCUGCUGCCAGUACUGCGGCGGUCGUCGCGAGCUCACCAUCGACCACGUGCACCCGGUCAGCCGGGGCGGCGGGGAGAGCUGGAACAACCUGGUGACCGCCUGCAUGCGCUGCAACCAGAAGAAGAGCGACCGCACGCUGCGGGAGCUGGGCUGGAAGCUGAGGAGGCAACCCAGGGAGCCCACCGCGUAUGAGAUCGGGCUCGUGGCGGGUAUCGCGUUGCGCGACCUGCUGCGUCCGCCGGCGGAGUGGGCGGGCUACCUGGCGCCGUACCGCGAGAGGCUGGAGGCACACCGGCGGGCGGCGCGGGAGGCGGCGCUGGGCAGCAUGCUGGAGGAGGGGGCGGGUAGUGGUGAGGAGCUGCACCCCUCAGGAGGAGGUGUGUGGGCACUGAGUGAUGUGUAAGGGACGAGGGAGCUGUCUUGAUGUCACUGGGACACCGGUUGCCUGUCGUAUGCUGCAUGCUCGUACGCUGCGGUGGCUGCUGGUUGCGGUUGAGGAAAGGGCCGCAGCGGUGCUUUCCUGUCACCCGUCACCCGGCCCCGUGCGCAUUUCGUUUGGUUGGGAUUCGAAUUACUUGACAAGCAGCGCUACCGUACGAUUUUGUUGUUGUUUGGGUUGGUUUGGGCUCGGUUGGGAAGACAUUGGAGAGUGAUGCUUAUGUGUUGCUAGGUUAGCACGGAGGAAUGUGCAUGUCUUUGCGUGGACCAGAGAAAGGUUAUACUCUCCAUCCAUGAGGCCGAAAACGAGUUAGUUCUGCAGUACGACGUGACGGUAGGCGAGAUGUCCUGGUGGCGAUCUCCCGGAUAUCCCAGCUUCUUCUCUAACCAUAUAUCAUGUACGUUUAGAUGCGUGUGUGGUUGACGUUCUUGCCGUACGCGGGAUGCGAAACCGGCUUUGCAAGCAAUGUGUUUGGCACGCAUAUGCAAGUAAUUGUUGAUUUUCGUAAUUGUUCCUUGUGGCUGGGGGUGCCUGAGAGUUGAGCGCAAGCAAGGCCCUUAUGCUGUUGUGGCUUGGCGGCUUUGGUCCUGUCGUGCAGCAAAGGACAUACCCCCCCGCGUGUACUACUAUAACAAACGAUUUCCAGCAGGGCAGAUUAGUAGGCUUAGGCGAGGGCGUAGUAUGGUGUUGGCCAAAUAAUGGUCUAAUCGUUAGUGCGUCAAUACGGCUUGGCCAUUUGCGUGGUUGGGAGAAAUCACUUACAAAUAUAAUUAUUAACGUCUCGGUUUUAUUUCAUUAUUCAAUUCUGUUAUGGCGUGGUUCGGUAAUAACCCUCACAACGUGGCUUGCCGUACGAUCUAAAUCCUUGGUGGUGAAGGUGGUUUCAGCGCGUGGCCCCUCCUAUGACCAAUCUCUCUCUUUGAAAGCCCCUAAAGCCUGCUGAACACGCCUGAAAAACAAAAAGCG